CUCGGUGUCCCUGUCUCCCGCAGGCCGCGGUCCCGGCAGCUCCGGGAGUUGUCCGCCGCGAAGCCGCACGUCCGGUGCCCCGGGGGGGCUCGGCCUGUUGCUGAAAGGAUGCGGCCUCCGCCGUGACGGAGAUGGGAGAGUGACGGCAGCGCGGCGGCACCGGUUGUGGAGCGUCCCGUGACGCUGUCCAGGCCCUGCUUGAGUUUUCUCUUCCUCCAUCUCUUAAAGAGACCCGAGACCUUGUGCCAGUGGCAUCCCCCAGUAGGAAAGCCCCCCGGAACUUCAUGUGUGCGGCCUCAACCCGGCCUCUUUCCCCUCCCCACCUGGAGCUGAGGCGCUUUGGCAUGGCAGGGGCCAGAGCCGUGUGUGAUGGUGACACUUAGCAUCAUGCUGGCUCUGGAUGCGUCACUCCCGCUCGCUUCCUGCGCCGAGCGCUCAGGAGUUUGUCAAGAAGCACUUUCUUUUGCUUCCGUGCUGCGGUGCGAGCUGUGUGCUGACAGGAGCAGCCUGGACCUGGCUUUCUGCGUUUAGCUUUAGCAUAAAUCCUGCCGUUGGGUCUGGUGGCCUGUGCUGCCUUUUGAAAGCAAAUCUAGAUCCUUUUUGAGCUGUGGUCAAGAAAUGGGUCCGCAUACCUUUGUGUUCUUACGUACAGAAGACACCCCUGAUGGAGGAAUCCCUGGGGAGAGCUUUUGACAUCAAUGUUACAAGUGGAACUGAAACAGGCAUCAUUUAAAGUGCUUGGAGCACGGGCCUCUGAAGGGAGAGGAUGGCUGUGAGCAUGGAUGAUGACGUUCCCCUUAUCCUCACCCUGGAUGACAGUGGAAGCAGCGCCUCAGCCCCCCUCGAUGAUGCUGACCGGGAGGAGCUGCCCAAUGAAAGAGCAUGCUCUGCUGCACUGAAUGGGAAUGUUGGAGUCCCGGCAGUAUCGUUCCGGAUGCCUUGUAUGGAGGUAGCUAUGAUGUUAUUAAUGACGCAUCCAGCCCUGCUGUGGGGGACUGCUGCGCGCAGCAAAGCUCUGCCCGACACAACUGGGAAAUGAACUACCAAGAGGCAGCAAUCUACCUCCAGGAAGGAGAAAAUAAUGACAAGUUCUUCACUCACCCCAAAAAUGCCAAAGCACUUGCUGCCUACCUCUUUGUACACAAUCACCUUUUCUACCUAAUGGAGCUGAGCACAGCACUGCUGCUCCUGUUGCUGUCUCUCUGCGAAGCACCGGCUGUUCCCAUGCUCCGUCUUGGCAUCUAUGUCCAUGCAACCCUGGAGCUGUUUGCGUUAAUUGUGGUGGUCUUUGAACUCUCCAUGAAGAUGAGGUGGCUGGGCUUCCAAACCUUUAUUAGGCACAAAAGAACUAUGGUAAAGACUUGUGUGCUCUUUGUACAGUUCAUCGAGGCCAUCGUGGUGCUGGUGCGCCAAACCUCGCACGUGCGCAUCACCAGAGCUCUGCGCUGCAUCUUCCUGGUGGACUGCCGCUACUGUGGGGCUGUCAGGAGAAAUCUGCGACAGAUCUUCCAGUCCCUCCCACCAUUUAUUGACAUUCUUCUCCUCCUGCUUUUCUUCAUGGUGAUUUUUGCCAUCCUGGGUUUUUACUUGUUUUCUCCUAACCACUCGGAUCCGUACUUCAAUACCUUAGAGAGCAGCCUCGUGAAUCUCUUCGUGCUUUUGACCACUUCAAAUUUCCCUGAUGUGAUGAUGCCAUCUUACGCCCGGAACCCCUGGUCCUGUGUCUUCUUCAUAGUGUAUCUCUCCAUUGAGCUCUACUUCAUCAUGAACUUGCUUCUGGCUGUUGUGUUUGACACCUUCAAUGACAUCGAGAAGAGGAAGUUCAAGUCCUUGCUGCUGCACAAGCGCACAGCCAUACAGCAUGCGUACCGCUUGCUGAUCACCAAGCAGAGGCCGUCUGGAAUCUCCUUCAAGCACUUUGAAGGGCUGCUGCGGUUUUACAAGCCUCGGAUGUGUGCCAGAGAGCGCUAUCUCACUUUCAAAGCACUGAAUCAAAGCAAUACUCCUUUAGUCAGUCUGAAGGAUUUUUACAAUUUCUAUGAAGUUGUUGGCUUAAAAUGGAAGGCAAAACGAAAUCGGGAGCACUGGUUUGAUGACCUUCCAAGGACAGCAUUCCUUAUUUUUAAAGGCAUCAACAUCCUUGUGAAGUCCCGUGUGUUCCAAUACACUAUGUAUACUGUGGUGGCUGUGAAUGGAAUUUGGAUUCUUGUUGAAACCUUCAUGCUGCAAGGAGGGAAUUUCUUCUCCAGAAACGUCCCAUGGAGCUACAUAGUCUUCCUCACAAUCUAUGGCGUGGAGCUGCUCCUGAAGACCACUGGGCUGGGGCCUGUCGAGUACCUGUCCUCAGGCUGGAAUCUCUUUGACUUCUCAGUCACCCUGUUUGCAUUUUUGGGGCUCAUGGCACUGGCGUUUAACAUGGAACCCUUCUACUUCAUUGUGGUCUUGCGACCCCUUCAGCUGCUGAGGCUAUUUAAAUUGAAGAAACGCUACAGAAACGUCCUGGACACUAUGUUUGAGCUGUUCCCCCGGAUGGCCAGCCUGGGUUUAACCCUGCUGAUCUUCUACUAUUGCUUUGCCAUUGUUGGCAUGGAGUUCUUUGCUGGCGUGGUCUACCCGAACUGCUGCAACACAAGCACAGUUGCAGAUGCCUACCGCUGGGUGAAUCAUACAGUUGGCAACAAGACGGUUGUGGAGGAAGGUUAUUACUAUCUCAACAACUUCGACAACAUUUUGAACAGCUUUGUGACGCUGUUUGAGCUGACGGUCGUCAAUGACUGGUACAUCAUCAUGGAAGGGGUGACAUCCCAAACCACUCACUGGAGCCGUCUUUACUUCAUGAUCUUCUAUAUUGUGACCAUGGUGGUGAUGACCAUCAUCGUGGCUUUUAUUCUGGAUGCUUUUGUCUUCCGCAUGAACUACACUCGGAAGAGCCAGGAUUCAGAAGAAGACAACGGCAUUGUGCUGGAGAAGGAGAUCUCCAAGGAGGAAGUGGUUGGCAUCAUCGAGCUGUACAAGCGGAUUUCAGGUGCCAGUGAGACGGCUCAGCUGCAGAAGAUCGUUUUGCAGAUGGACAAAUAUGGGCAAAUGUCAACAGUGUUUCUGGGACGCAGAUCAAGGACCAAGAGUGAUUUGAGUAUGAAGAUGUAUGAGGAGGAGAUCCAGGAAUGGUAUGAGGAGCAUUCCAGGAAAGAGGAAACUCAGACACCAUUGCAAGAGCCUGCAUCUGCUUCCAACAGCUCUGUGAAGUCCUUGAGCCUCCGACAACGAUCCCAGACUGUCAUUUAGGCCUAGCUAAUGCAAGCCACCUUCUAUGCAAUAACCUAGAGUAUUACUUCACAGCGUAUAUAUUGGGAUGGUGUAUAUAGAUCUCUUCAGUGUUUGGCUUUAGGGUUUCAAGCUCUUCCCCUAGGCAGUGAACUGCUGGAAACCAGAGGCCCAGGGGACUCUGUGUAAGGCUGCUACACACAGACUGAGCAUGAUGGCCGUGCUCAGCACAGAGCAAACAGCUCGGACAGGACAGAGACCUUCUCCCCCUGAGCCACUUCCCAGGCUCCAGCCUGCUGUUUGUCUUACCACUAACAGACCUUGGGGAAAGGGAUGUGUAAUCCAUUAACAGCAGGAAACGCGCCAGAGCUACCUGCUUAGUAUUAAAACUUUAGCCCUUUUUGAGAGCUCUUUUGCUUAAAGGGUACCAUUAACCUAGGAAUAAGAGAUCAGGGAAUGA